CUGAAAAUAUUUAAUAUUUUCAAAACGUUCAACAUUUUAAUUAAUUUUUUUUCAGUCUAAUGAAACUCUUGGUACAAUUAACCUGUUUACGAUUUAAUAAAAGUUAAGAAACUAUGUCAAGAGUAUUGUUUAGUUUUUUAGUGACAUAUUUUAUAAGCAAGUUCUUAAUACCUGUGAUGUGUUCAUAUUUUGAUAACAGUUUGAAUCCCAAUUAUUUCCACGAUAUUAGACAAAAAUUAUUUUCAAUUAGCAAUGAAAUGACGACCUUCAAUAAAAACUUUACAUAUUACGAUCAAAAUAAGAUAAGCAAUUUGCGGAAAAAAUUGUAUAAUGCUUCACAAGAAGUAAUGGAAAUUCCAAUAUAUUCGCAUAAGCAAAAAUAUGUGCCACCUUUAGGUAGUUUUAUACAUAAAUAUCAGCUCGACGAAAUAUUACAUAAAUUUUUUACUUAUAUUGACCGAGUCGGAGGAAUGUACAAACAUUAUAAAGCUUACUCUCAAUCCGGGUUAGAUGGGGUAACUUAUCACCAUUUAUCAAUGGACGAAUUUAUAACAGUAGUUACGACUCAUCAAUCAGGUGGUCUUAUAGAUAUUAUGGAGCAAAUUUAUCGAAUAAUUGUACCAUCUUUUAUUAUACCUUGGGCAGAUAAAUCUAUUCGUCUUGGUCUUUUAGAGUUUUUGAUACUCCAAAGGAAAAAAAGUCAUCCGGAUGAAAUUUGUCAUUUAGACAACUCACUGUUUCAUCAAAUUAAUGAAAUCUACGCUCUUCUUUGUCAUGCUGAAAUUUUGUCAUACAUAAUGUUUGUUUUUUCUUAUGUUAUGCUCGCUGAUAAGCACAAAGUUUCAUUUGGACCGGAAAUAGAAAAAGUAGCUUUAGCAAGUGCUGCAAGGAAUGAAAAGUAUUUAAAUUUGACACAAUUAAUCCUGGUUAAUGCUUCAAGAGAGAUUAUACGUUGUGAUCCACCGGAACAUAUUCGAGAUGAAACGUUUGUUGAAUUUAUGCAUCUCUUUCAAAAAAUGUUUAUCAAUGAAUUUCAAGCAUUUCCAAAAGAAACAUGCUCGUUCGGUUGCAAUGAUAUUUCAUCGUCUAAAAAUGUUUAUCGCUGUUAUAGCUGGUCUCCUUCAAAUUCAGAAAGUAUUCAUUGUCACAAUCGAGGCUGUCGUGGAAAAAUGGAUAAAUGUUCUUGGAUUGGAUCUUCAACAAUAUGUGAACUUCCAAAAGAUGAUCCAAGACGUUACCAAUGGAUUAAAAGCACAAACGGGUGGUAUGGACCUAAAGAAAAAUGUCAGGGGAAAGAACAAGUAAUUGAAAAUUCAAUAUCUGGUUUAUAUAAUUGUGAUAAUUGCAUUUGCCAUUGUACCGAAGAUCGUCCUGAUGCAACUUCUAUUCGCACUUUGAGUUUAAGACCUCAAUUUUCUAAUAUUUCAAGCAACAUGGUUGUCACAGGCGUUAGAUUUAUUGAAAAAGAUAAAGUUAUUCAUAUUCAAAUACAACAGGGAGAACUUAUGAAAGAGGCUGAAAUUGAUAAUAGUACUUUUGAAUGGAUUGAAGUUGAAGAUUUUGAAUACAUAUCUAAUGAAUCUGCAGGAAUUUUUUAUAAACUGGAAGAAGACAAUAAGAUACCUUUAGUUGAGGGAAAAGACUAUGCAUUGUUCGGAUCGAAACAAAGAACUUUACAUCUUGAUGAAGUUAUAGCGCCAAUCGAUAUGAUUAUCACUGGGGUUAGACUUAAUCAUAUUGACUCACAAAAAUCUGAAAAAUUAAAUACUAGCCCGAUACAUUUAGAAAUACAAAUAACAAAGUAUGAAUAUGAGUCAGGCAAACUCAAUGAAACUCUGUCACGUUGGAUAACAUCAGAAACGAUGCCCUAUCCGUCUGUGGACUACGAUCGGGACAGGAUUGAAAUAUUGUUAACGAGAUCAGAUAAUCCCACAAAAUUUUAUUCAAAUAUUCCAUCUGAUGAAACUAAUUUGUUGAUUAAAUUUCGUGCAACAGAUGUUUGGAAAGAUGCCGCACAAACAGUUGUGCCAUUAUUUGAUAUUCAGCCGGUUACUUCUCCGGUUAGACCUUUAGAUGGUAUUGGUAUCAUUCACAAAACUACUGACAAUUCAGGGGGCUUUAUUAGCUUGAAGAUAUUUACAGUUAAUUGUGCUCAUCAUCUUCGUUACAUAAGUGAAGACGAUAUCGAACUUUAUAAGACUAUUGCUAACCAUGAAAUGUUUUCAUAUGAGAGUUAUCAUCACGAUCCAAGUGAUCAUUUUCAUUACAAUUAUGAUAAUUAGAGUAACUUGAGCCAUCAAUACAUUAGUUUUGUUUAACCUUUCGAUAAUCACGUGCAAUACCCUCACUAUUUUUUCUAAUAAGUUCAUAAUUGUGCUAUCUAAUCAGUAUAUAAGUUAUUUCAGGUUUUCGUGUAAGCUGUAAGAUCAUAACACCAAAUUUGUGUUAUUUGGAUAAAGAUUAUCACGCUUCCCGUGCGCUUUGUCUUACCCUGGCGGUUUUGAAUCACCAUGGAAACAGCCUGGAAACACCCUGGGAGUGGAAACACGGUGGAAUCACGGUGGAUCCAGGGUGGUUACACGGUGGGUUUGUGCCAUUUUACCACGGUGUAUACACGGUGAUUACGCGGUGUACGUGGAAUUACGGUGGGUACCCUGUGUAACCACCGUGGAAUCACGGUGAUAAAAUAACAAAAACCCACCUUGUAACCGCCGUGGAUCCACCGUGAUUCCACCGUGUUUCCAGGGUGAUUCAAAACCGCCAGGGUAUUAGUUACAAGGAAGGUAUCCUGUGUCCCCCUCCGAUUUCGAUGGGACUGAGAUAUGCUAUUCUCCGUCGAAAUCUAAGGAACACGUAAUUUUUUUUCAACUGCGGAAAAACAUAUCUAGGGGGUGAAACCACCCCUCAAAAUUUAGGAUCCAAAGGGGUGUUUUUCUAGGUUCACAUACUUGCAGUUUGAAUAAUCGAAUGGGACCAACGGCAUUAUUUUUA